ACCUCGUACACAGGGGAUGCAUACAAAAAAGUCACAGACAACUAACAGAGCAGAGCAUACCUUUGCACACCUUAACCGCUACCAGAGAGUUGUAGCGACAGUCACCUCCCAGCAGGGAUCUGUCCUCAGUGAAGGACGCAUCUGUGGACUUGCUUUUUAAGGACCCUCUAAUAAUGCAGAGACUGCCGCCUACUGUAGUUUGAUCAGCGGACAGAGACGAAUUGCCUGACAGAUUCUCCGAGAGAGAGAUGCCAGAGAGGACUUGUAACUGAGACUUGUCGUCUGCUGCCUGUAGAGCUGUCAGUUUGUUUUCAACCUGCUGUUUUACACUUGUGAGCCUCUGAGAGGGUGGAGCGAAGAGCUGAAUGUCAGCAGCUUGUGGAGCAUGGGUACAACUGCCAGCGCUGCCCCACAGCCUGUUUAUGUAGCGCCGCCGCUUGACAACGUCCACGCCAACGGGAUGGCCGACAGCACUAUGAGCCCGUUCCAUACGGUCAGCAUCCACAACAACAAAGCCAAGUCCAUUAUCACCAACAAGGUUGCACCAGUCGUCAUUACAUAUAACUGCAGACAAGAGUUUCAAAUUCACGAUGAAAUCCUUAAAGCCAACUACAAAGUUGGUCGGAUAUCAGACGCCUUGCCUGAGCACUACCUUGUUAAGGGCGAAUACUUCAUGGUGCAGGAUGUGUACAGCAAAGCGGAUGUUUUAAACACAACGGCCAGCUAUGGAGCGCCCAACUUCCGGCAGGUGAAGGGAUCCUACCCCCUCUAUGGAAUGGGUCAGCCGACCUUGAAUGGCUUCAAACAGGUUCUCCAGAGACUCCAGUCACAGGGACAAGAGCAGGAGAUUAUUUUCUUCUGCGUGCGAGAAGAGCCAGUGGUGUUCCUUCAUAAGGAUGACGACUUUGUGCCGUACACCCCGCGCAGGAAGGAAAACCUACACGAGAACCUUCACGGGCUUCAUGGCGAGGAGACGGUUGAAAGCCUGGAGCUCAGCAUCAGAAACGAGCUCCACGACUUCGCAAAGCUCAACGAAAACGUCUUCUACGUUUACAAUGACAUUGAGUUCUUUAAGGAUGAGCCCCAGAAGAUGUCCAUAACGUGUGAGGAGGACAUCCACGUGACAGAGGAGGUGUACAAGAGGCCGAUGUUCACCAUGCAGGGCUACAGGUACUACAGAUUACCUUUACCAAUGGAGGGAGCGCCACUGGAAGAAGAUUUUGACGCCUUUGUUAACAUACUCAGGGAGAGCCCCAGCUUGUGUCUGGGUCACAAUGCAUCCAAGCUGCCGCCUACCCUCCUCUUUGGCUGCCAGGUUGGCGUCGGCCGCACCAACCUAGCCAUGAUCCUGGGCACGUUAGUCAUGAAUAGGCUCAAAGGGGACUCAAUACAGCCACAGCAAGUUGAGGAGGGAGUUACCUCAGAGCCAAGACCCCUUUUUCAAGUUAUCCAGAGUUUGAUCAACAAGCUGCCUAAUGGUCAGCAGGUUAUGGAAGAGGUUGACCAUGCUAUUGCAUUGUGCUCAGAGAUGCACAAUAUUAAAGAAGCAAUAUAUGAGAAUGCAAAAAAGUUGGAAGGGAUUGGAGAAGAUUAUCAGAUACAAGGAAGCAGUACCAAAGAGUACUUUCUGAACAGAACAAAGCAGAGCUUGGAAUGCUACUUCUACUUGAUCGUGUUUAAUGCUUACCUUCACGAACAGUAUCCUCUGGCGUUUAUGUCCAACUUCAGUCAGUGGAUGUGCUGCCAUGCCUGGUUGUACAGGUUGCUGGCCUGCAUGGAUGUGUCGGAGCUCUCUGCUCCUGCAGAGCUGGUCACCAAAGGAGCACGUGUUCUGGUUGCUGAUGAGUACUUGUCCCCCGACGUGCUCAGCACAGUCAAAGAGAUGAAAGCAGCCAACUUCAGACGAGUGCCCAAGAUGCCUGUUUAUGGAGUCGCACAGCUGACAUCAGAGGCCAUCGGAGCGGUUCUCGCCCACCUGACGGAUGAGAAGAGAAAGCACAGACACAUUUUGUGGAUCAACCUGCAGGAGGAACUGUCGCUUGAAGGAAACGGUCAGAUCUUCACUCCCAGGGAGCCCUCAUGCCUGGACCAACACAUCCCUGUCCCAACGAGUGAUCCACAGCUGCUUGAGAAAUUAGAAACCUCCCUGAAGGAGGAGAUUCUGCGAGCUCAGAAGUGGCUGGAGGUGACCCUGGAGAGGGAGAAACAGAUUAAGAUGUUUAAAAGCUGCCUGACCGUUCAGGAGAUCUUCAACCAGCACAAAAGCUCCCAUCAAGGCCUUGUGUACAAACGAAUCCCUCUGCCAGAUUGCAGCUCACCAAGGGAGGAAGACUUUGAUAAGCUCCUGGAGGCAAUGAAAACUGCAUUAGCUGAGGAUUCCCACUCAGCUUUCGUCUUUAAUUGUUCUAACGGCAGAGGCAGGACCACGACCGCCAUGGUUGUGGCUCUUCUCACUCUUUGGCACUUUAAGGGUUUCCCAGAGUGCACCGAUGAUGAGAUUGUCAGUGUCCCUGAUGCCAAGUAUACAAAGGGAGAGUUUGAGGUCGUAAUGCGGCUGGUUCGACUUCUUCCUGACGGCCACAGGAGGAAGAAAGAGGUAGACCUGGCGCUGGAUUCUGUCAGUGAGACCAUGACCCCCAUGCACUAUCAUCUUAGAGAGAUCAUCAUCUGCACUUACAGACAGAUCAAACAUGAAAAAACAGAGAAGGAGUGUAAGCAGCUUCUGCUCAGGAGCCUGCAGUUCCUGGAGCGCUACAUUUACCUCAUCCUCUUCAAUACUUACCUGCAUCUUGAGAAGAAGGACUCCUGGCAGCGCUCCUUUUCCAUGUGGAUGGAACAGGUUGCUGCCAGAGCCGGAGUUUAUGACAUCCUCAACCAGCUGGGCUUCUCAGAGUUCGAAGACCCAAGGGAGACACCGCUGGCCAGGCUGCGCUGCCGCUGGCAGCAGCAGAACAUUCACUCACUUCCUUUCCGAGGGGAAUUCAUCUGAUGGAGGAUUCCUGCAUCUGCACCAUUUUCACAAUGACGGACGCCUUCAGUAACCGUUUUUAUGCCUUCACCUUUAGCCCCUGUGACAUCAGUGACUUUAGAUCAGAAUUUCAGAUUUUUUUUUAAUCCUUACUUUAACUCUUAUGUCUCAUUCUCCUUUAUUUGUCUUCUUUACAUCAAUAACCAACUAAUAUUGCUUUUUUUUAAAUCAAACUUUUAAAAAUAUAAUUUUCUGUGUUAGAUUCUUAGGGGUUUCUUUUGAGGAGUAGAGAUAAAUGUUGUUUUGAAGGAGAGAAACAAAUUCCACUGCGUGAGCUAACAAUUAUGGCUGCAUGUCACAACUGUUUGCUGUUGUGUGAGCUGAUAUUUUCCUUCAGCGUUGUCCUUUUCAUAUUUUUUUUUUUUUUUUUUUUUAGACUCACAGUGUACAUAGAAAGGCUGUUAUUUAAGUUCGGAUGCACCCACAAGCUUAUCUAAGAGUAAAUGGUUUUUAACAGUGUUUCAUAUUAUUAAAUUUCUCUUUUACUAUAAUCAUACUGUGUCCCUCUGUUUUAACAGUUUUUUCAUUUGCCUUUUAAUUUUUAGCGUCCUGAUGCAGGUACUGACAUGUCAGGAAUUUUGAUGCUAGAAGUGACUUUGAAAGGGUUUGUGUCUGUCAAGAGUUAGUGGGGAGUUUUUGACAUUUUUACAGCGGCCUUUUUGAAUUAAAUUCCCCCGAAUCAGGCCUUUUUAUUUGUCAGUCUGUAAAUAUAACAGCUUGGGAAGCUUUACAGCCAAGUAAGAACAUUUAUUGCCUUUUGCCUUGUUUGUUCAUUUAUGCUAAAAGGGUUCUUGCCUCUUCAAUGAGCCUAAAUUUAGGUCUUUUUUUUCCCUUACUGCCAAGUUUUCAUUGAUCUUGUGUGAUGUACUGCCUCAGCUCCAGAACUCAUGCCAGCAGCAUGUCAUGGUUACCAUUGAAGUCAACUUAAAUAUUUAAAUAUCACUAUUUAAAACAGUCUGACUCAGUUUUUGGAGGAAAGAGUCAAGAUCCUAAUAAUUGUUAACAUCUUUUCCAGCAGUUGAAGUAGAAUCAACUCUAAAUGGAAUUUCAGCCGUAGUUUCCAACGCCUUGUUAAAGCCCAAAUGACCAGCAUCAAAGAAGAGCAGAAAAUAGCUUGCCUAUCCGCUUAACAUCAAUACUCUGUCUCUAGGAAUUAAACUAUGCAUAAGUAUGGGAUUUUAGACUAAAAAUACCCUUAGUUAGUGAAAAAGCCAGAUAAUUUAUUGGAAAAGUAUCUGUGGGAAGUGAAAAAAUGGGACAAUUGCAGCAAUUUUCAGAAUCAGAAUUUUGUUAACAAUUUCUAGAUGGAGAUUACUCCUUAAGAAGUAAGAAGUUUUAGAUACAUAAAACUGAUUUUAAAAAUCAGUGAUCAGUUCUAUGCUGAUUUCUCUUCUUCCCCUUCUAUCAUGAAUUUUUUAUUGGUUGUAGAAAUCAAACCUGGAGUGUCGUAAUGGGGCUUUAUAAUAGAGCAUCCCUCCCUCCACUGUUGUCGGCUUAUGUUGCCACAUUGCUAGAGUAGGAGGUCCCUUCAUCGUUUGAAGGGAAGAGUCUUUGUCACAUUGAAGCCUCAGUGAGUGGGUCCUGCUUUCUACAAGACAUUGAUUUGCUUAAACACACUUGAAGCAGAGCAGUAAAUCCUGCUUUUAAAUAAAAAAAUCUAGAAGCUGAAGUCGAUCUGCCUGGAUAAUACUCUGCUGCAAACUCCUCCAAUGCACAUUUUAAAUAAUGGCCUGAGGAUGCCUAGAAAACCACAGGAACUACAAAACAAAGAAAAGUAAACAGGAAUUAGCAAACUGGACUCCCAUUUCUCAAAGACUAUGUCUACAAACAAUGACUUGAAUCUUUUGAGUCCAACCAGCAAUGAGAAUAAGCUAGACUUUAAAUUCAGAGUACGACCAAGCCGCCUGCUUUAGUUAUAUGAGGACCAGAUAGACCUUAUAAUCAACCCAAUUAGCUCACAUAGCUAUCCUCACAAUGUCUUCAUGUAUCUUAAACCUUCUCUGGAUCCACAAAACAUGUGGAGAAGUUCAUCAUAAUGGAUUGGUUACUCUAGAACAUGGUUUUAUUAUUUUAAAAAGACAAUGUUUACAUACUUUAGUAUUAUUUUAGAUUUAUUUUAAAUUAUCAUUGAAAUAAUUGGAUUAACAACCAGUCCAGUUCAUUUUGUUGCUCUGUUUUUAUGACAGUGUAAUGACAAUAAUAAGCUGGGGGG